AUGGACACAUCAGGAUCGACAUCACCCGGUCGCUCUUAUGCUCUCAAUUCAAGUCCAUUAAGUCGUUUGAGCGAAUUACUUAAGGAUGUCAUCGAUAAAGAAGUUCCACAAUUGAACGAUUUCACAAAUGGAAGGUUAUUUUUAACUAAAUUGGGAACACAACUAUCAAAUACUCUCCAAUCUUCAAAACACACACCAAUAUCUUACGAUCUUGCCAAAAUGAUAGAUUUUGGUUUUCGUUAUUUCUUAAAUGAGAUUGUUACCGAAACAAAGAAUUCAUGCUUAUCAUCAAACGCUUUAACACGAUUGCACACCCCACCAACACUAUCACUCGACAAUUCAGAUCAAGAAAAUCAAGAAGUUGACAAGUUAAAAGCAGAUUUAUUUUUUGUUCGUAAUGAAAAAGAAAAUCUUACACUCGAAUUAGAAAAUCUUAAAACGAAAGUCAAAAAUACUAAAGAAUCAUUGAUCCAAUCCAAAAAUCAAUAUUCGCAAAUGACAAACCAAUCCCAAACGAAAAUAAACGAUCUCCAAGCAUCGUUAAAGCAGACUACUAAAGAGCGCGAGGAAUAUCGAACGCAAGUUAACUCUCUUCAUGAAAAAUACGUAACAUCUCUAAAUGAUAUCCGAGAUUUAGAGAACAAAAUGCAUAAAAUUGAUGCCGAACUUACGUUAUCCAAGCGAUCCGCAAAUAUUUCUAAAGCAAAAGUUUCAAAAUUGGAAAAUCAAAUUGAAAAUCUUCAACAAACCAUUUCUACGCUUUCCGAAUCAGCUAAUUCACCAGUAAAUUCAAGAAGAUCAUCAAAUGCUAACCAAAACAGCUUUACAGAAAUGAAACUCUCUCCACAAAGAGAAGUUUCUAAUUCUUAUAAGUCAACAGCACAAGAAACUCUUAAACACGCACAAGAGAAACUUGAUGAAACCAACGAAGACAUGAUUUUGGCAAAUAAAUUGAAAGCAAAAAUCGAAGAAGAAAUUAGUAAAGAAAUAGAACUUCCUGAUAAUGCAGAACAAGAAAGCGAACAACAGAAUGAGCGGUUCGAUGCUCUAAACAGAUCAAUUAGUGACCUUGAGGAAGAAAAAUCUAAAUUACUCGGCGGACUCAAUUAUUACAAGCAAAUUGUCAAUAAUAUCAAGGAUGAACUCGAUUUCAAAGGCAAUGAAACCGAAAUUUCCUCAAAUAUUAAAUUAUUAAUUUCAAAAUCUCAACAAAAUACCGAAAACUUUGAUGAAAGAAGCAGUUACGAGUCUCUCAUUAACGGAUUAGUCAAUUUUAUUGCUAAAUUCGUUAAUAAUGAUGAUGUCACGAGUAUUCCUUUGAAAUCUUUAGUUCCCAUCAAUAAAAACGAGUCAAUUCUUGAAACUGUUAAGUCAGCGGUUACAAAUUCCCUCAAUUUGGUCAGUGAAUCCAAUGAAACACCUAUUUUUGAAGCAUCAACCGGUUCCGACAAAGCUGUAGAGGACAUUAUGAACAUAUUAAUGCCAAAGAAGAACUACAAAGUCUUCGCAGUCGUCUCUCUCCUUUCAUCUGUCAACGGAAGACUGAUUGAAAUAAUUAAUGAGAAAAACCGUCGAACGAAGUCAUUAUUACAGUAUUUCCCUGACUCCUCUGAUGACAACAUCCUUAAUAAUGUUCUUGAUUUCGUUCGAAAUCUUCAAUCUACCUUUAUAAACGCAAAACACAUUUUAACUUCACAAUUUCAACGAGAAAUCGACGAUCAAAACGAUGUUCGAUGCAUUUCCAUGUUUGUUGAUGAAUGCAGCAGCGUUUUGACUAACAUGGAAGUCGAACUUCGUCCAAUUCUUGGAUCCGACACAGAUUUCGCAGAAAUUCCUAUCAAAGCGCGUACAAUUAUCGAUGAAGUUAAGCAAACAUCACUUUCCUCCACCAAAGCAAACAAAACAAAGCAAGAAGAAGAGUUCCAAAAGUUAAUUUCAGAAAAUUCGGAAUUACGAAACAAUAUUCUUCAACUUCAGACACGAUGUAACAGAUAUACACAGCAGAUACAAGCAGUUGAAGCCGAAAACAUUGGAAUUAAAAAAGAAAUGAACGAUAAUAAAUUAGAAUUUGAGAAAAAGAUCGAAAAAAUCAUGAAAGAUGAACAGGAUAAGUAUGUCAAUGAGCUCCAGAAGGUACAAAAGGCAUACGAUGAUCAUAAAGCUGAAUUAGAACUAAAGAAUCUAAAUUUGAGUUCCAAACUGAAAGCAAGUCAACAAAAUGCUGAAGAACUAUCAUUGUUGUACCAAGAAAAUGCUUCAAAACUCAGAGAAAAAGAAUUUUCUCUCGAAAAUAUUUCACCUACAAAGAAUUUCGAUAAUAGUUAUUUAAUUCCUAUUCUAUCUCAAUGCUUUGUAGUCACUGGCCAAUGGAAUGAGUCAAAAAUACAAAAAGCAGUCGCUACUUUGAUUGCUAGACUGCAAAGACUGGAAAAGGAAAGAGCUACAGCAUCUAGAACACCAAGAAAGUAA